AGCACGGGCCCCGUUCCGCCGCGGGCCCCCCCCCCCGGCGGAGCGCCGCGCGCCCCGCGCGCGCCUGGAGCACCUUGCGAGGCGGCGCCGCCGCCGAUACCACGCCAAAAUGGUUGUGGACAAAAGGCAGCUGGUGGAAAACGGCCCCGCCGAGGUGAUCGAGCCCUGCGACAUCGCCCUCGGCCGGAUGAUUGGCACCGGCAGGACAGCCGAGGUGUUUCUCGGCCUCUGGAACGGCAAGCAGGUGGCUAUUAAGCAGCUCUACGCGCAGCGCAUGAACGAGUCCGAGACGAUAGCGUUCCAGCGGGAGGUGUCCAUCCUGGUGAAUGUGAACCACCCGAACCUCGUCAGGCUACUCGGCUACUGCAUGUCGUCGGCACCCAAGCACCUGGUGUGCGAGUAUUGCGAGGGAGGCACCCUCUUCGAGAUGCUGCACAACCAGCGGGACCUGGAUCUGGCGCUGGUGCAGCAGGUCAAGAUGUGCACCGACAUAGCGCACGGGAUGGACUACCUGCACAAGUUUACGCCGCAGAUCGUCCACAGGGACCUCAAGUCCCUCAACCUCCUGCUCGCCAAGCCGCUGACGGGCCUCGGCGACAUUCCCGUCGUCAAGGUGACCGACUUCGGCCUGGCGCGCGUCGUGGAGCCCCACGACAGGAAGGCGCUGACGUCGUUCGUGGGCACCAUCCACUGGAUGGCCCCAGAGAUGUUCGACAGCAGAAGCUACGACGAGAAGG